AAUAGCUUGACCCUCAUGUCCUGAAAGAACCACGUGAUCAAGAAAAUAAUAAGUUUUCCGAAAGGUAUAAAUUACAAAUCUGCACUACAUUCGUUAACACAUACCAAGAAUGAAAGUGGCAAAAUGGACUUAUGUACGGCACUUUCCGCUUGUCAUCUUGACUCUGCUGAAAGCGAUUGUCAUAAACAGUCUUCUACGUGUUGUUAUUCUGCUUCUCCGUGGGAGUCUGAGAGAAAAAGCUUUUAAAUAUAUUCAUAAUCACACAAAUAUGAAUAAAACAAAGAUGAGUAUUGAUGAAUACAAAGAUACUCUUGGUUCGUGGGAAAUGUUUAAAGUAACAUUUCACUACUUUUUGGCUGAUAAAAUUUUCGCUCCAAAAUGUAAAGUUGGCAAUACGGCACCAGACACAGAUAUUAUCCAUCUCAUUAAUGGAGUAAGUGAAAAGAAGUCACUUUUGUCACUUGCUAAGCCAGGAAGAUUGCUAAUUCUUAACUUUGGCAGCUUAGAUUUUGUAUUUAUAUAUGUUGAAGAAGCACAUCCGGAAGAAGGAUGGAUUUUCCCUGCUAAUACCUAUCAAUUUAAAAGUCCUACUACCUUAAAUGAUAGAAUUGAAGCGUCCUGUCAUCUAUUAAAAGAUAUGCGGAAUUUUGGAUGUGAAGAGGGCACAUUUCACUUUUGUGUGGAUACGAUGGAUGAUAAGACAAAUAUUACAUACGCGGCAGAACCAGAUAGAAUCUAUGCCCUACUAGAUGCUGAGAAAAUUCAUAAUAUUAGUAUAACGGAUCUUCGGAAUAGACCUGAAGAUAUUUUAAAAAAAAGACAAGUGGAUUUAUCUAUGAAAUGCGCGGGUUCUUUAUCGUACGAUCGUUUGAAUACGUUAUCACUUCAACCUAAUAUUCGAGUUAUACCUAAAUUGGAAACAAUUUUUUGUCAUGUACCAAAAGUUGCCAGUACAAGUUUGAAAAGGAUGUUUUAUUUUAUUCAAAGUGGUAAUAAGAGCAUUAUUCCGGCACAUAUUGAUCGAAAUUUGGUUCAUUUAAGACGGUCUCCUGUCCUCCGAUCUCUGAAUUCGUAUAAUAUAAGCCAAGCCAGGAAUAUUUUAAAGACUUAUAAGAAAAUCAUAUUUGUAAGGAACCCUUACACUCGCCUCUAUUCAGCCUAUACAGAUAAAUUUUUCGCUACGUACAGCAACUUUUUCAGAGAUUUGUUUGGUUUAAAAAUAGUACAAGCUGUAAGAAAAUCAAAUAUAUCAAGUAUUCCUACUUUUACAGAAUUUCUUAUAUAUUUGAUCGAUCAUUCGGAAAAUAAAAGAUUUCAAGCUGAAAUGCAUUGGAUGCCAGUUGAUGAACUUUGUAGGCCUUGCGAUAUAAAAUAUGAUUAUAUUGGUAAAUUUGAAACACUUAAGAGGGAUUACGAAAUCAUAUUUGAGAAAUUGAAUGUUGGUAAAGACAUAGCAAAAUUUUUGCCAACAAACGUCGAAAUGAAAUCUAUUAUCAGAAAAGUGAAUUGGAAAACCGUUUUCAAAGAAUUUCAGUCAGAUUAUUCUGAAAUCUUUCAAAAAAUAAAGAAACGAUAUCAUAGAGAUUUUCAUCUUUUUAAUUAUGAUUCGAAUAUGUAA